AUGAUUUUAAGCAUUAAUAGUAAUGAAAAUAUGGCAGUUGAACAAAAUUUGGAAAAUUUGCAAGGAGAGAAGACGCCAUUCGAUUUAUUGUAUAGCACCGAAUCUGGCUUUUAUAAAGCUUACGAGCUACAUGAGAUAAUCGGGCAAGGCAUAGCUUCAGUUGUACGCAAAUGUUUGGAGAAUGAGACUAAACAUCCUUAUGCUGUCAAAAUUGUUGAUGUAACUACUGAACGACAAUCUGAGAAGGAAGCAAAGUUGGCACUGGAAGAAGCAUUUUCUGAAGUUAAACUGUUGAAAAAACUUUCUGGACAUCCUUCGAUAGGUUUGGAAAUUUUUCUUAAAAAAUCUUUCCUCAAAAUUUUCCCCAUUUUUGUCGUGUUUUAA